CAUCAUCAAUACAAACAUUGAGCCCCAUUUUCCCUCCUCAGGUGCUUAUGACCUUUGUAUAUGUACGAAACACGGUGUAAGAUCUCAUAGGUGUUCGGGUCUCCAGGACUAUUCUUAGAAACCUUCAUUUUCUCUAUACAAUGGUCGUACUAGCUCUCAUCGUGAUUAACAAGGCUGGUGGUCUUAUCUACAAUCGGACCUUUGGAGAUGGAUUGAAUCAGCUCAACACCAAUGACUACCUUGUGCUUGCUGGUACCUUUCACGGAGUCCAUGCCAUAACGGCCCGUCUCAAUCCACUCAAGGGGUUAAUGCAUGCUCAACACCAGCAACAGCAAGCGGCAGCAACUGCGGGAGGUGUAGCAAUACCAAGCCGGCCCGAUCCUCCGUCAGGCCUUGAGGUCCUAGAGACAGAGAACUUCCGUCUGCAAUGCUUCAACACAUUAACUGGUACUAAGUUCCUUCUGUUCACGGAUACGAUGCAGACCAACAUAGAUGUGGCUAUGCGCAGAGUUUAUGAUUUAUAUUCCGACUACGUCAUGAAGAACCCUUUCUACCAACUUGAGAUGCCUAUUCGUUGUGAGACCUUCGAUAGGAAGCUGAACUCAUAUAUCAGGGAGAUCAACAACUCCAGAUAGGGUACCGACUUCUGUUAUUAGCUUAUCAUCGGGGGCGCGAAGGAAAUCUUGCCUUUUUGAUCGGCAAGGUCAUGGAUUAAUUAUAAUUGCAUCAUCGCAUGGGGUUUGGGGUUUGAAAGGUUAUUUGUUUCGAUGCGGCUAGAGUUAUGCUCCUUUUAUAGAAUUGAGGUCGCUCUGCCAUUUCACAGGGACGGUAUUUUCGCCGAAAAUUCGCCC